UGCACAAGAUGAGUGAGGGUUUACAAGUGUGAUGGAGGCUUUAUUAGCCAGUCUGCCUAGAUCAGAGGGUCAUGUGGUGAAGACCCCAGGGGAGGGAUCUUCUUCAGGUUCUGUACUCAGUAGCGGUGGAUUGGAUGACUGUGAUUCAGACAAUGUUGUGUCCCAUCUGCUCAAAGGAGGUGACUCGCUCACCGCACUCCGGCACAGACCAGUCUCCGGUAUUACUAACUCUGCUUCGAGUAGAAGGUCAAGGCCGUCCACCAGUGUAAGCAGGCAGUCAAUAGCAUCCAGAGGACGCCCACUUAAACCCCAUGAGGGUGAUCCCUUCCUGUCAGUAGUUACGUGUGCCAUAUCACCCAGAGCUCCUCACUCCCCAAACACCAACACUGCGAACGUACCUGUGAUAUCAGUGGAGAAUGAUGACCUUUUGACCCCAUAUGACUUGACCAAUGGCAUCUCAACAGACUACAGGCCUGCAUCAGAACUAGUUACAGGUGGCAGAGAAUCCACUAAUUCCCCGUCUUCAAGACCAGCCGCCCUAGAUGCCACCCCAAGGGCAAAAACCAAUGUCCUUGUGAAGACCCCCUUCAAACAUGCCUCAGUGAAAGGGUCAAAGACUAAGGCAUCCACUCCACAUCCUGGCCAGCUGCUAAGAGAACGCACUACCUGUGCCACAUCCAGUGCGAAAAGUCAAAUAGCCAAGCAAGGUAGUGAGGAGGAAAAGAAGACUGCUGGGAGAUUGCUGAAGGGGAGACUUAGGUCCAUGCGUCCUGUUAACACCGUUUGGCCGACAGUACAAAACUGCAGAGGGAUUGUGUCUGAUAAGCAUGCUUAUGGCCCCUCUCCAUCCAGUUCCCGUGGCAGACGGGAUUAUGUGUUUGACUCAAUUUUACGAGAGUACUCCAGAAGAGACACAGAAGGGACAGAAUCCAUUCACCACACGUCCAUAGCAUCAAGUGAAACAGAUGAGAAAUCAAUAGAAGCAGAUGUGGAGAGUUUGUCUGGUGAUGUCAUUGCUCGCGUUCAUAAUGUGAACUCAGCUGAAGAUGUCCAUGCGUUCGGGGCUCAGUGUCACUCCGUGUCAGAUAUUGUUGUGAAAAAUGAAAACGAUGACAAAAAUCCUGUUCAUCUCACGAAGGAAAGGCCAAGGACAGCCUGUGUCAAAUCAUCCCUCAAGGUCAGCAAGAAAAACUCAGUAGGGCGACCAUUCAGUGCAAGUGUUGCCGAAACAGGUUCAACGAAGGGAUCCAAAAUGGUGCGCUUUGUUGAUGGCAGUAAAUCUCUGUACAGCAAAAGUGAUGAAACUUUAAAUCCUAAUAUGUAUGGUGAAGCUUUGCCUGAUGAGAUUGAAAAUACUUACAUUUGUCCAUUGGAGAACGACAUGAAACAUGGUGGGGAAAACAGUGUGCCUGAAGACCAGAAUUUUGAUUUGGAUGCCAAGAAAUCCAAAGUGUCCAGAAAUUCCUGUAGAGCAUUCAACUUCUUUAUGAAUGGAGAAUCUUGUGAUGAAGACAGCGAUGAAGGUGAUACAUUUGAUACUAAAAGAGGACAGCUCCAGGGCAAGACAAGCAAGAAUAGCAGAGACACUAGUAAUAAUCUCUCUCAGGCUGAAAGCUCAACAGACUCUGAACCAGCGGCUUCUGGCAAUCAGAAUACUAAUCGGAAUUGUUGUGACUGUGUUGAAGAUGUGUGGUGUUCAAGUGAUGAUGUGUUGUGUUCAAGUGAUGAUGUGUGCAGUGAUAGAAGAGAGAGAAAACCUUGUAGAGAUACCUGUGAUAAGCCAACAGUAUGCUUCAGUGUUACUGACGAGUCUAAAAAACAAAAUGGGACUAUAGAAUGUCCAGAGGGUGACAACUUUGUAUUAGAAAAAACGCAUGUCUUUAACUUUGUGGCGUCCCAAUCGAAGUCUUUGAACGGGCAUAGCAUAUAUGCAAGUCACACAUCUGCUGAGUACAAUAUGUCACCCAGGGGCAGAGUUAACUCCCCUUUGAGGAACGAGUCAGGGUCAAUUCCACCACUAACAUUUGAAAGUCUUGAGGCUGAAAUUUCAUCUGUUCAGAAAGACAUUCGGCACUUUCUGGAAAACAAUGCUGAAAUGGACGAACUAGAAACCCAUAGGGAUCACAAUCUGGAUGACCUUGUGGUUAACCAAACGCCGUGCCAAGUUCUGACCCUGUAUGACAAUUCAAGGGAGAUAAGUGAUGAUACCUUGGAUACCUCUGAGAGUGAAGAUGAGAAAGUAGCUGUUAUUGCUGUUGACUCUGAAGAUGAUGAAAUUGCUGAGAGCUUAUUCACAAGUCGAGCACAUUACAGUGACAUGCUUCUCUCAGGAGAACUGAUUCAGAAACAGAUUGAUGCGGAGUUAAUGCAAACAAAAAAAACUCUCAAACCACCCGCUAAAACCAAACACUCGACAAAGUCUGCAGAAGUAGGCAGAACAGACGAGGAUAAGUUGAACUCGGAUUAUUUCAUGAUGGCAUCUAUGGCAUCUGAAACGGACAGUGGGUGUGGCAGCGAGGUCAUGUCUGUGUCACAUGGAGACUUGUCAAUACUAGAUGAUAUAAACCAGGAUGAAGACAAAAUUACAGACCAAAAACAAACAGGCUACUCUAGAAAAGGUGGAAAAGAAGCAGUUGGUAGUAUAUGUUUUAGAGAGAAAGAUGUUUCAAGUUUGAAAGUUGUUGCCACUACAAAAGACCUUCUUAAGCUGAGAAAGGGAAAGACUGGUUUCAGCCUGUCAGCUCAGCACCCUCCUCUCUGUUUUCGCAUCAAUGCACGGCCACCUACAGGACAGCUCUAUUACUUUGCAUACGGUACAGAAAUGAAUUCAGACAGAUUGAGCACCUUCAUCCAAAGGCAAAUAGAGAACAGAUUGUGGGGUGUGUUGUAUGGAUUCAGGGUCUGCUUCAACAAGAAAGGCAUUGACAGUGAGGCAGGUGGGUUUCCAAACAUCACUGUGGACCGAGAUAGUUCUGUAGAGGGCUGUUUGUACCUGCUAACCGCUAGUGAGUUGGACAGGUUAGACAGAUACGUGGGAUACCCACAGCACUAUGAGCAUGUGCUUUUCCCAGUGUGGAUGUCUAACUGCCAUGAUCCGGAUAACUACGGUGUUGCUCUGAACUGUGUGCCAGCUGUCAUGUACAUAGCCCAGGACAACUGGGUGGACAAAGGUUCCUGCAAGCAGUCUGAUUACUCUGUCAACCAGUGCCUGAAAGCAGCUGACCUUCUGACCCCAGCCUACAAAGAGUUUCUCUACAGUUGCCAAUCAGGGGCUACAUAACUUGUGUAUCACGCUGAUCAAUCCAACCAAUCAGAACAAGGCUGUAAAAGUGAUAAGGAUUCCACUACAUUGUUGUUAGAUACACAUUUAUUGUGUGACAUUGUUUUUCAUAUUUAUUUUUUGUGAACAUUUUUCUGUGUUUACAUUUUUUGAAAUUUCCAUGCUUUAAAAAGUAUUAUAGAAACACUGCUGAUUUUUAUUUUUUAAAUGGAAUGAUUUCUUUUUCGUAUUUCUUCGCAUCAAAAUGUUAGUUAUCAGGAUAUUAAGGUCCAAUCCCUCGACUUGUGUCAUAAAUGGUAUACUCCAGCACCAGUCAUCAGUUUUUACACGAAUAAUGCACCUCAGACGAUAUCCUGUAGAUGGCAAUCUUGCAUUGAUCAUGUUGAUACUGUUACAUGUCUCCAAACAUGGUCCAUGGUGUUUGUGAUCUGCCAGCUACUCAGCUUGCUUUACUUGAACUGUGAUAAUUACAUGUGUAUUAUUACUCUGUAUACCCCAUGGUAUGGCAUCUUUAUGUAAGUACAAAUAUUAGUCAAAUAUACUAUGAUACAUCUACAUGAUACAGUUCACAGUUUACAGAUAAUGUAUAUGUGUAUGUACUUGAUGCAUUUCCGUCUCUUUGAAUAUUUGUUUUUAACGUUAUUCACAUUUUGUGUUGGGUGCAGUAUAUCUGAAGAUAAUUACUUACUCCAUUUCUUCAGCCUUUUCAGAUGUUCACGUUUUUUUGGUUAUGUUUUAAGCACAUUUUAAGGACUUUUCUCUGCCUAGAGUACAAACCUAUGGUUAUAUUUUCUUUGAAUCCCUGAUGUUACCAAAACAUAAUUUCUUGUUAUUAUCAAAACAUUAAGGUGGAUAAAUUGCCCUCAACCAUGCAAAAAGGUGGACGAAAUAGGAUAGCAUAUUUUACGUACAUGCAUAUAUCUGUGAUAUAUGGGCUCUUUCAUUGGCCAGACUAGUAGCAGACCUAUUUUCAGCAUGUAGGUAUUAACAAAAGUGGUAAUCUUAGCAGUAUAAAUUUACUAUUGGUGUACAGUGUAGUUGCGACUGUUAUAACAAGGUAAUAUGUUAAUUAGUUACUGUAUUCUAAUUUAAAUCGUACAUCUUUUAAAUGUUAUCCACACAGCAUUCUUUAUAUGCUUUUAAUAUUAAAGAAUGAAAUGUAUGUCGAACAUGCUCCUGUUCUUCAGAUGAAAAUAUAUUUUUAAU